UAGGUUAUCUAUGCCGAAAAUUUAUUUUGGUUGUGACUUGUGAUUAGUUGUAAUUUCUCGGUUUUCAUGCUUUCGUGGAGUAAAAUUUUUCCCAUAUGCCGUUCCUCUUCACUGUCUGGCACAGUAUCAUUACGUAAAUAACAUAACAACUAUCCGCCAGUGAACUUACGGGUGAAUGAAUAGUAAUAUCCUUGAGAGGGGGUAAUGAAAUUUUAUAAUUUUGCUGUUAAUAGUGGUUCCGCAAUAUUUAUGUAAAAAACUGAUUUACAUAAAAUUUCAAAAACACCGUAUAAAUACUAUUUAAAUGGGUUAGCUAUGAUGCCACCUCUCAAAGAAGGUACUGGAAUGUGCAGCUUCUGCAGAAUGUUUAAUUUCUCAAUUCGUUAUUAUUGUACAGGUAUUUAGGUUUGUAUAAUAAAAUUAACUGUCAUGCCAGUUUUACUAUCAAAAUAAUUUUGUAAUUAAAUUUGCACAUAUACUGAAGUGUUGUGGCACAUGUAAGGCACAAAUUGCAAACGGCUCUUGUUUCAAAAUGCUACCCGACAUCUUCAGGCAUUACAUCUGGAUGAUAUUGUCCUGGAUAUUGUAAUAAAAUGCCUACAAUGACACACAUAAAAACACUUUAAAGUAGCAGGAUAAUUUAUUAAACACACUAUGUAUUUACUGUGAAUGGAGAUUUGCUGAAUAGCAAGGAAUGGCAGAAUUUAUUUCUUGUAGCCGAUUGGCAGAACUAUGGAUGAUGAUUGAGCAGUUGCAUCUUAGUUACCUGCAGACUGAUGAAAGCUUGCAUAAAAUUGAGCAAAGGAAUAAACUUGAAGGAUAUAUCAAGGAAUAUUUGUGCCUUGUUCCCCAUGAUAGAAAGUUCAGUUUCCGUGAAACUGCUGAUGUACUGCAUCGAAGUGCCACUCAGAAGGAAGAUUUCAGUGGUUACCGGGCAGCAUCAGCUUGGAAUGCCAUUGGAAUGUAUGCUGCAAAUUUGCUGGCCCAACCAUGGAGGAAGGAGUAUAGAGAAAUGAAGUUGUUUUGUGGUUUCUACAAGCAUGAAAUUGAAGCUAAUCUUGCUGGGGCAGAAAUGAUGCUUCAAGCAAUGGGAUAUAAGCAUGCAGGACAAACAAUAAUGGUACUGGAUGGACCUAUUGAUCCUGACAGGGUGUCCAAUGUGUCACGAGAUUCACUGAUGGCAUUUGUGGAAUGCCAGUUGCUAAAAAACAUCUGGGAAGAAGUAUCAUACUGUUUCAACUGCAGCUGGCUAGAAGUGUUGGAGUUUCGUGAAAAUCAUGUUGGAACGGCUGAGAAUGCAGCAAAAGGACUCGUGUAUCACUUUCAUCAGCGCCAGUACCAAGAGCAGCAGCAGUUAGCAGCCUAUCAUCAGGGAACAGCAAUGGACACAUAUGGCACAACAGCAAGAUUUCACCAGCCAACUGGUGCCUGUAUGUACAGUCAGAUACAACCCCUGCACCCUGUGCCUCACAUGGGGUAUUAUAACUACCCGCCAUUCCCUACUGGACCACCACAUGCAUACACUCUUCCACCCCAGCCAAGGUAUGCUAGUAUCAUAAGCCCCCAUCAAGCUAUUCCACCCACAAUGACCUACCCUGUUCCAACAACAGUACACCCAGCUUAUCACCAUAUUUCUGGAUUACAUCACCCAGUGCUGAAAUCUCAGGAUCUUUACCCUACUAAUGGCCAUCACACUCAUCAUAAUUACUCAACACCAAUGACAGUGGCUCCACUACCAUUACAGAAUGGAUAUUCUGUUUCAACUCAGUUAUCAUCUGCUUCAGUACAAGUACAGAAUUUGAAUUGUCCAGUUCCAACUGGUCAGCUUAUUGAGCUUGAUGUGGUGGCUCCACCACAGAGUAGUAACAGUGAGACCCAGCAGAUAUACUCAGCCACAGAGUCAGCAUCUUCCGUUGUGGUCCCUCGAAAUGUACGUAAUCAUGGCUCCACUCAGAAUCAAAAAAGUGUAGCCCUGAGGAAAAGUAAUGAGAGACAGCAAGAUAGCUAUAGACAAGAGGUACAGCAGCCUCAUCCUUGCAAUUAUAACACCAGCCCCCAAAAAGGUCAUUGUCAACCACUAACGUCUAGCAAAGCUAAGGAGGAUGGUACUGGAACUUUUGAAAGCUGGGAUUAUGUGUUCCGUAACUUGGAGAGCCAAGGUUACAGUAAAGAUCUAGGUGAGAGGCCAAAUAUACUGUCCCCGUCACCUGAACGGAUGACAGGAAAUUCCGUUUCACUCAGGAAUCAUCUGGAAGAUGUCAGAGACUCUUAUUUGGAAGAGACAUUGAUGGAGUUAAGACUGGAAGAAUUCCAUAAAGUACUGCCAGCUGAGCAUCAGCCAUUAAAAAUAAAUGAGGCUCUGCAGAAAAUCCGGUUAGAAGCUGAUAGUGAACCUUGUAGAGUCUCAAUAGGAAAAAGGUCCCCAAGUAUUGAAGGCGUGGAUGGAAGUGUCAGUGUUUAUGAUAAUGUGUCAUCACCAUCAAAGGAUAAUCCACAAAGGGAAAGGCCAAUCACAGUUGCCACAACUUCCAGCAAAUGUAGCACCAACAUCAGUGCUAUGAACAACAAAGCAUCUAUUCGGACAUUACCGAGAGAGACUAGAAAGUACAUAGAUGAGACUGAUAGGUCAUCAUCACUGGCUGGGGUCCACUACUUGUCCACUACCCUGGAUCAUAAACACUUGCAAGAUAGUACUAACUUUUAUCGGCUUAUGCCUAAGAGUUCUGAUUCUUCCCCACCUGAGCAAAACUUAGUUCUUCAAGACUCAUCCAUCAAAGAAGAGAGGCAGGGGAGCAGUGAAAAUACUGCGCCUGAUUACAGUCACAAGUUGUCAGAUGCUGCAGAUAAGCAUAAAUGGGAAUGUGUGACAUGCACAUUUCUCAAUGUUCCUUCACGCGACAUCUGUGAGAUGUGUGGCAAGUCAAAGGUGAGAGGGCCAGAAGUAAGGCCUCUGGCCAGUGGUGGACGUGAAUGUCCUCAGUGCACGCUCGUCAAUGAGAAGGGCGUGGGCACCUGUGAAGCAUGUGGUGCCAGUCUGAAGGACUCACCAACAUAUAUCUAAUUUCUGAAAUGAAUGAUGAAAGUUUUAGUUCUUCAUUUGAUAUAAUGUUGUGAGUAGCAACCAUUUUAUUCAUGUUAAUUUCAUCAGGCAUUCAUGACCUCUUUAUAUCACAUUGAAAUAAAACAGUAUAAAUAAUUAAACCAUGUUGUAAUGUGAAGACUGAUAUUUCAUAAUGUAUAUAUUUCAAAGUGGAAUUUCAAUAUGUAGAUUAUAAAUUAUGAGGCACAAAAAUAUCUGAGUAUUAUAAUUAAUGAUAUCAUAAACAAGAAAUAGUUUGCUGUUUGAAAGGCAUGUUUUCUGUAAUGAAAAUUCUUCUAAACUUUUUAUGUUUGAAAAUAAUUCUUAAAACAUGCAUACAAUUUAUUUUCAAAAUAUGCACUUCAUAGUAUAAGUUUUUGUAGACUAAUUAGUUACUGAUGUUGGUAAAAAUUAACAUAGCUUUGUUUUUGUACAUUUAGAAUUUAAUCAAUUACAUUACCAGUUACCAAAUUUUAUAUGGUAAAAAUGUUUUCUCAAAGUUUUUCCUGAAUUGGGGUAUUUAACUAUUGUAUUUCUUUAUAUAGGGUACAUCAAACAUAAUUUUGCAGAUACAUAGCUUAAAUUUUUAAUUGUAUCAACUCUGUAAAUAUGUGGUAAAAAACUGAAUAUUAUUAGUUAUUUCAAAAUGAAUGAAUUUUGUAGAUGAACCAUAUAAAUUCCAGCACCCAAGGACUGGAAUAAUUUUGAGCAACGGAAUGUACUAAUUAUUUCUUAUCCUAUUAAUUGAAAUUGUUGAAGGAAUUGAGGAACCAUAUGUAAUACCUUCAUCAGAUUUACAGUACUGGCACACGACUAUUUCAAAUACUGUUUUAUUACCAAGUCUGCAUGAGUGAUAAAGUAUAAGCUAUAGUUUGUUAUGAAUUGGGUAAUGUAACUGGAUUAUUUUCUACUUGUGCAUAUACUGUGCAUUUUUAUACACAUUGAUCUAAUUACUAUGUUAUUUAAAGUAUAUUUUGGUGUAAGAUUUGAGGUU